CUGUAGACGACAAUCAUAACGUAAUCCAACGCCGCCCCAUGAAAUGAGUUCUGUCUCUUCUUCUUCCAUCUGAUUGUUUCUAUCUGGAUUCUAUGUACUGAUACUGAUCAGAAAUUCAGAAGGAGCUUAAUUUCUGCCCAUAAACAGAUAUAAAUGAUCUAACUUUCUCUACCCGCUUUCCUUCUUAGCUCAGAAACAUACCAAUAAAGACCUCCACUUUUCUAAGAAAAAACAGAGACUUUCCAUUUCAUUUCAUUUUCCCAACAAGUCGGUCAUCUCUUGUCCUUUUAAGUCGGUCAUUUACGAGGGAGUAGUACUGGUACUUGAACAACAAGAACAAGAAGCUUGAGAAAAAUCACUAGUUAAAACAAGAAGAUGGAGAAGAUGGUGGAAACAGGACACAGCCACAACCACAACCACAAUCCGCCACCUCCGACGGCUCCACCGCCUGCUCGUCUACCGCUUGGAGCGGCAAGGGGCCCGUUAUGGACUCCAACAGAGCAACUCCACCAGCUUCAGUAUUGCAUCCACUCCAAUCCCUCUUGGCCGGAGACAUUCUUACUGGCUUUUCAGCACUAUAUUGUCAUGCUUGGAUCUAUAGUUUUGAUUGCCAGUACACUUGUGCCUCGGAUGGGUGGGGAUCAUGGUGAUAAAGCUCGCGUUAUUCAGACGUUGCUUUUCAUGUCAGCAAUAAACACCUUGCUUCAAACUUUUUUUGGAUCAAGGCUUCCAACAGUGAUGAAUCCCUCAUUUGCUUAUAUGCUACCAGUGUCGUCGAUCAUUAAUGAUUACUCUAAUAGGACUUUUAAAAGUGAACAUGAGAGAUUUGAGGUCACAAUGAGAACGAUUCAAGGAUCCCUUAUUGUAUCUUCCUUCGUCAACAUCUUCAUUGGCUAUAGUAGAGCAUGGGGAAGCUGUACAAAGCGCUUUAGUCCCAUUGUUAUCGUGCCAGUGGUUUGUGUGGUUGGUCUUGGUCUUUUCGCGAGGGGCUUUCCACUUCUUGCUAAUUGUGUGGAGCUUGGCCUGCCUAUGCUGAUACUGCUGGUCAUUACCCAACAGUAUCUGAGGCGCAUUAUUCCUAGAGCACAUGCCAUGCUUGAGAGGUAUGCUUUGCUUCUCUGCGUUGGGAUUGUCUGGUCAUUUGCUGCUAUCCUCACUGAGGCUGGUACUUAUAACAAUGUUGGAGAGCAGACUAAACAAAGUUGCCGUACAGAUCACUCUUACCUUAUAACCUCUGCUCCUUGGAUUAGAAUCUCAUAUCCAUUUCAGUGGGGUGCACCCAUAUUCAGAGCAAGCCAUGUCUUUGGGAUGAUGGGAGCAGCAAUUGUCACAACUGCAGAGACAACUGGAACAUUGUUUGCAGCAGCACGGCUUUCAGGUGCUACCCCCCCUCCAGCACACGUCUUGAGCAGCAGCAUUGGCCUACAGGGUAUUGGCAUGCUGCUUGAAGGAAUAUUUGGUGCUGCUGUUGGUACCACUGCAUCAGUAGAAAAUGUGGGCCUGCUUGGAUUGACACACAUAGGGAGCAGGAGAGUAGUGCAGAUAUCAACUGCUUUCAUGUUCUUCUUCUCUAUAUUUGGGAAGUUUGGUGCUUUCUUUGCAUCUAUUCCCUUACCAAUCUUCGCCGCUAUAUACUGUGUUUUAUUUGGGAUUGUUGCUGCUGUUGGGAUCACUUUCAUGCAGUUUGUGAAUAAUAAUUCCUUAAGAAACAUGUACGUUGUGGGGCUUUCCCUGUUUCUUGGGAUAUCAAUACCUCAAUAUUUUAUCACGACCACAACUGCAGAUGGUGUCGGACCAGUUAGAACAGAUGGUAUAUGGUUUGACGAUUGGUUGAACACAGUCUUCUCUUCGAGCCCGACAGUGGCAAUCAUCGUCGGGACGCUGCUUGACAACACGCUCGACGCCAAGUCUGCAUUUGAUGACAGAGGGCUUGGAUGGUGGAAGCCGUUCCAGCACAGGAAUGGAGAUGUUAGAAAUGAAGAAUUUUAUAGCCUUCCUCUUAGAAUACGGGAGUAUCUCCCCAGUAGAUAUCUCUGAAUAGUGAAUGUCAAACACUCAUAGCCUGCUUAUAUGUAUAUGCUUAUCAGCAGAUUUUUUGUUUUUGUAUGCAUGAUGAAAGGCUUAAGCUUCUUGUACGUUAAAUUAAGUAUAGAACUAUUUCAUAGAUUACUACAUCGAAACCACUUGCCUCUUGAGAA